UCUCUGGACAUCUCUGAGAGUCUCUGGAUGUCUCUGAACGUGGACGUCUCUGUUCAUUUGAAAAACAGAUUUGACUCGAGUCCAGAGUGCGGCCCUGAUUCUGUCAAGGAAAUGAGGUCAUUGUAUCAAGACUCAGCACACUUCCUGUCGAGGGGGUGAGGGGGUGUGGCCGACUGUCCCUCAGUCAGCUCAGAGGAGAAGAACGAUCACAGGACGGAGGGAAGAGGAAGGAUUCAGUCGAAGACUCUGUGACAUCAUCAGUGUGGUCGGAGUCAGGAAAGAUGGCGUCGUGGCUCAGAGUUGUGCUGGUCUGCGUGGGUUUGGUCGCCUGUGCCGAGACGUCCCCGCCGUCCUAUGCCGUCCACCGUGCCGCGCUCAGCUUUGACCAGGCCGUGGACAGGUGUUCUCCCGGCGUCCUCGCCAGCCUCACCACGGAGCACGAGGUCGACGACGUCCUGCGACACAUCGCAGAGUCGUUGCCACCUCAGAGCGAAUUCACCUUCUGGGUUGGACUGAAAAAAGCCAAGAACAGGUGUGUGGUCUCCACACUGCCCCUCAGAGGCUUUCAGUGGACGAAGGAUGGCAGCGAGGACUCUCAGGUGAGCCGCUGGGCCAAAGAACCUGAGUCUACUUGCACCACGGUCCUCUAUGCGGCGCUGCAGGGACUCAGUGAUGGGUCAAGCGUGACCAGGUGGGGUCUGAUCUCGGAGAUCACCUACAGAAAACUUCAUCCCUUCAUCUGUAGACUCAGAGACAGUGAGUCUACAAGUAGCAUCACCUUUACACCUGAUCCACCGCUACCUGAACCAUCUAAACCUGAUCCACCGCAACCAGAUCCAUCUAAACCUGAUCUACCGCAACCAGACCCAUCUAAACCUGAUCCACCACAACCAGAACCAUCUAAAUCUGCUACACUUGAACCUGAACUUCCCGACUCCAGGACUGAACUGCAGGCACCUGAUCCUGGACCAACUUCUGGACCUGGCUCUCCAUCUGUUUUUGGAUCUGAUCCUAAACUUGGCUCUGGUCCCAGCAUGUGGUCCGAGAUGUGUCAGAACCCCCUGGUGGACGGAGCGCGCUCCCUCAGUCAGGACCCGGACAACAGCAGCAGGAUAUUGGUCGAGUGCUGGUCCAAGGUUCAGCUGGAGCUUUACUGCCGCGGUCGCCCCGCACUGUGGCGUCUCCUCGACGACGCUCCCGCCGACCUCACCGCCAUUUGCCAGCCGUGCCCUGACGGUUUCCACAAAGACGCUUCUGGAAUUUGUAUGGACGUGGACGAGUGCAGUGGUGCCCCCUGUAGACACACCUGCCUGAACACCGAGGGUUCAUACAGGUGCGUCUGCGCCGACGAGGACGGGCGGCGCCACGACGAGGGCUCGUCAGCGUGCGUGGAUAUGGUGACCGUGGAGGAGGGCGGGUCGCUGUCGGGAAUCCUGAUCCCGGUUCUGGCGGCUGUGGCGGUUCUGCUGGUUCUGGUGGUCGUCGCUGCGGUGACGGUGAAGUGCUGCCUGAUGUGAGCAAAAAAACACGACAUAGAGACGUCGGAGAAGAUGCCGAUGAAAAAUCGAGACGGUCAGGAUUCAUUUGCAGCGACCAAUGAGAAGAGAGACAUGUGAGCUGUGAAGAGAGACAUGUGAGCUGUGAAGAGAGACGUGAGCUGAGAAGAGAGACACGUGAGCUGUGAAGAAAGACAUGUGAGCUGAGAAGAGAGACACGUGAGCUGUGAAGAGAGACACGUGAGCUGUGAAGAGAGACAUGUGAGCUGUGAUUGGUCCAGAAGAAAACUUUACGUUCACUUUAAUCAAAAUGUUCAACACUAAAUCAUUAAAGGGUCUGUAUGUGUUUUUAAACUCUGGUUGUCUGUGCUGUGAGCGCCCCCUGCUGCUGAGAACCAGUCUACGUCACAUGACCGCGUCUUUAUCUACGUCACAUGAUCGCGUCUUUAUCUACGUCACAUGAUCGCGUCUUUAUCUGCGUCAGAUGACCGUGUCUUUAUGUAGGUCACAUGACCGUGUCUUUAUGUAGGUCACAUGACCGCGUCUUUAUGUAGGUCACAUGACCGUGUCUUUAUCUACGUCACUUUAUCUACGUCACAUGACUGUGUCUUUAUCUGUGUCACAUGACCGCGUCUUUAUCUGCAUCACAUGACCGCGUCUUUAUCUGCGUCACAUGACCGUGUCUUUAUCUGCGUCAGAUGACCGCGUCUUUAUCUACGUCACAUGACCGCGUCUUUAUCUGCGUCACAUGACCGUGUCUUCAUCUGCGUCAGAUGACCGCGUCUUUAUGUAGGUCACAUGACCGCGUCUUUAUCUGUGUCACAUGACCGCGUCUUUAUCUAGGUCACAUGACUGCGUCUUUAUCUAGGUCACAUGACCGCGUCUUUAUCUAGGUCACAUGACCGCGUCUUUAUCUAGGUCACAUGACCGCGUCUUUAUCUACGUCACAUGACCGCGUCUUUAUCUACGUCACAUGACCGCGUCUUUAUCUGCAUCACAUGACUGUGUCUUUAUCUAGGUCACAUGACCGCGUCUUUAUCUAGGUCACAUGACCGCGUCUUUAUCUAGGUCACAUGACUGCGUCUUUAUCCAGGUCACAUGACCGUGUCUUCAUCUGCGUCACAUGACCGCGUCUUUAUCUGCGUCACAUGACCGCGUCUUUAUCUGCGUCACAUGACCGCGUCUUUAUCUAGGUCACAUGACCGCGUCUUUAUCUAGGUCACAUGACUGCGUCUUUAUCCAGGUCACAUGACCGUGUCUUCAUCUGCGUCACAUGACCGCGUCUUUAUCUGCGUCACAUGACCGCGUCUUUAUCUGCGUCACAUGACCGCGUCUUUAUCUAGGUCACAUGACCGCGUCUUUAUCUGCGUCACAUGAUCGUGUCUUUAUCUCACUGUUAGACUUUGGACACAGACAGACAGACAGAGACACACACACACACACACACACACACACACACUCACACACUUGUUGCUGCCUACAUCACUGUCAAAUGUCUGAUUUUGUAAAAUUCUGCAUUUAAAAUAUUUCAUUUAGACUGAACUCAGUGACACAAAGUGACCACACGAGGCAGAAGAGGAGCAGCAGCUCCUGUGUGUGUGUGUGUGUGUGUGAUGUUAAAAUCAGUGUUUUUCUCUCUGAGGUUUGGUGUGUGAGUUAUUAACACACAUGAAUAUUAACAUGUUAAAGCUGAAAAUAAAACGUCUGUAAAAGUAUUUUUCAUUUAAA